GUGACCGUUUCGGUUGCAUAAGCUUUUAAUCCUUUCAAUGCUCUCAGAUGUAAACGGACGUUUCUAGUCAGUUCGUGUCGUGCAAGCCCUGCAGUCCGUACGUAGGCAGCGCGCAACUCGCCAUCGGCAGUCGCAUGCCGAAUUCCUUAGCUUACGGAUAAAAACUUUACACCAUGCCACUAAAAUGAAAUAAAAAAGCGGGAAAACAAUUACAAGAUCUUCACUUCCGGUCAAGAACUUCGAAUAGGGAUGUGAUCAUGGAUUUCCAAACAACUGUAACAUUUCAAUAUUAGCAAAAAUGAAGCUUUUAAGAAACAUUUACGAAAUUAUAAAUAGUCGUUUCGUUUUGAUAUUAUGGAUCUCAUUAGCAACGUAUCUUUUUUACAAUACUUUUAUUUAUUACCUGUAUGGACGUCAGUUUUAUCAUUUAAGGAAAAUUUUAGGGUUAGGAUUAUGCGUAUCCCGGGGCACGGCGACAGUGUUAAAUCUGUGCUCAGCGCUGGUGCUGCUGCCCCUCUGCAAGAAACUCAACCAGCUGCUGUUCCGUCUGCUCUCUCACUGGUGCCCCGGCCUCUUCUUCUACUGGCUCGAGAGGGCCAAGAGCUUCCACAUGACUGUCGCUGUAACGCUCCUAUUGUUUGCUGCUCAACCAGCUGCUGUACCAUCUGCUCUCCCACUGGUGCCCCGGCCUCAUCUUUUACUGGUUCAGGAGGGCCCCAAGAGCUGCCACAUAGAUGUCGCUGUUACGCUCCUAUUGUUUGCUGUGAUACAUUCCAUUUCUCACUUCAUAAACUUGUGGAAUUUCUCUAGAGGCUACGACGACGAACGACUUGCGAUAAACUUUGCAAGCCAUAGAAAUGAGAAUCCUUUAUUACUUCUCUUGAGCCAGGCCGGGUUGACUGGCGUUUUGAUGUUACUCAUAAUAUUGUGUAUGGGGCUCACAUCGCUAAGACUUGUGCGAAGGAAGUUCUACAAUGCUUUCUGGUAUACUCAUCAACUGUACAUGCUGUUUUUGGUGCUAUUAAUAGUUCAUCCCUUGAGCGGUGUUUUGAAGGAAGAAGUUUUGGAAGAAAAUCGAUUUGUCUUAAACUUAAAAGAAGAACAAAACACGAACGUCACUAUAAUUAGUGUUAAGGAGAGAUUCGUUUCUAUCCAGUCAACGACUUGGUUGUGGAUGGCUUUCCCCUUGACCAGUUUUAUAUUAGACACUCUAUGGCGAAUUUCUUCAAGAAACCUUGCUAAGGUUAACAUUUUGCAAGUGACCUACUUGCCCGGCCGGGUGAUAAACUUGUCCGUGAGCUGUCCCCGGGCGGGGUUCGCGCCCCGCAUGGGACAAUACGUGUUACUUCACUGCCAUGACCUAUCGCUGUUGGAGUGGCAUCCGUUCACAAUCGUGAAGGUGCCAACAUCUAGUCAACAUUAUUUUGUAUUAUGGAUCAGGGUGAAAGGAGACUGGACUGAAGCCUUAGAGAAAUUAUUAUUAGAACGAGGACCGAAAAAGCUAAGUAUGUUCGUGGACGGUCCGUUUUCUAGUCCUAUGGAAGAAGCGAGUGCUGGUCACAUAGCAAUAUGUGUGGCCGCUGGGAUUGGAAUCACGCCAUUUGUUUCUCUGCUGCAUCAUAUGUACACGAAUCCACGGAGUCAUACACCGGGCCGUAUACACCUCCUUUGGAUAGUUCGACACGAAGAAGAAAUCACUUGGCUAGCUGAAUUGGCGAGCAAAACUUUGGCCGUGCUGAGAGAGGCAAAUCGCCCUGACAGACUCCAUAUACAGCUUUACAUCACAAACACAAAAUCUAAAGUGGCCAUUGAUGACACACAGAAAGAAAUGAUAGCCGUAGUGAACGGAAAAGGAGCCAUAGAAAACAUCACUAAGAGAUACGCUGAGGAUGAGAAGGCCAAGCUCUUGACGCUAGACAGUGGAAGAAGUAACAGUGAUAACUGCAAAGAUAAGACUGCGAAUACUAACGGAUAUUGUGUGGCCAAAGAAUACCCAGUUUUGGCUUGUCGUGUGAAGAUGGGCAGGCCACACUGGGACCGCGUUUUUGGAUACUGGGUGCAUUUGUAUCCUAAGGAUCACUUAAACUUAUAUUGCUGUGGACCAAAGAAACUAGUGAAGUUAUUAAGAAGCAAAUGCAAAGUUGUAACAACAACAACUAAAACGAAAUUCACAUUCGUUCAUGAAGGAUUUUCGUGAAUUUAUUUAUUAAAGGCAUUUAUGGAACUGAAAUUACUUUUCUUUUAGAAAAUAAGUACAUUCCCAAAUCAAGCCAGUUAACCUGUAAUACUAGCCUAGUUACAAAUCUUACGAGGCCCCAGCAAUGGGGGCGCCAGAUUUUAAAAUACGCCCCUGUAACCACAGAUUACUCUCUCCUUGGCCCUCUGAAACAUCUAUCCUCUUUAAGUAGUUACGUCUGUUAUGAGCAGAUGAGUCAUAAAAUUGUUUACAGAUCAUGACGUUCUUUAUCGUGUGAAAUUAUUUGUUGUAUUUUUAAUAUUUUAACCUUUCAUAAAACUUACCUUUUUAAUUUUAUUCGUAUUGAGUGAAUUUAACAAAUAUUUAUGAAGACUGGAACAGUUGUAACAAAACCAAAAAAUGUCAAACGGAAGAAAAAAGCUACAAAAGCAAAGGCGACAAAAGUAUGUAUGCUUGUUAAGUAUUUGUCUAAUUAGCGUGAUCAUAAUUUAACUAUCAAUUUUAUAUUAAAUAAAAUAUUUUAUGUAGCAUGCAACUUAUAAUAACGUUGCUUGUAAACAUGUGGUCGACGCAGCGCAUUCGGUAAUCAGUAGAUCCUGAUAACUUAUAUUAUGAGAUAAAAUUAUAUCACUUCUAUAGUAGGUAUAAAAUUUACAAUGAUUUUUCGUUUCCAUUUCUACGUCAGUCUGAGCGGGAAAGUCUUCACAGCAGAAGAAAGUAGGUACCUACCUAGCCGAUAACACUAUUCUUUAGUGUUCCUGCAGCGACAUAGGUUUGUUUCCAGAGCUCCACGGGAUAGGGAUUGGGGCCAAAGUAGACUAAGUGAAAAGCUGAUAUCACCAACAUGGCAGCCGGUUAUUAUGGCUUGCGCAGACGAGUGAUUUUUUGCCCGCCAAAUUAGUGACCAUUGCAUCCAGUCCGAUCUCUCCGCAUCAUUUCGCACAUGAUGGUUUAAAAAUAUCGCCUACAAAUGUCCCAUGAACAACCGAGGACGCCGGGAGAUCGGACUAGACAAAAGAAUGGGGUUGGCCCCGGAAAAAAAUGGAACUCGUGUGACCAGGCGCAGUAAUUCAUACAGGGAACUUUAGUUUGCGUUGCACACACCAUCUUGAAUUAUAGGGAUGGCAGGAAUGGACCCCAGUAUUUUCUUUGAAAACCUCUUUUCUUUCUUCUUCUCAAACUUCAUUAAAAUUUUCGGCGACACGAUGUACUUUGAUUCCGUGGCAAGUUCUCGGCGGACAUUUUUUUUCAUAUUUUUUUCAUCGGCGGUAAAAGUCACUGAUAUGCGCAGGCUUUACUUGUUUGCCGUUAUUUUUACUUAAAACAGAAGUAAUUUUGAGUUAAUCAGUUAUGAAUCUUUGUUUAAUUUUCAUUGGAUUCAUUGCAUGCAGACAAAGAAGUGUCAGAAAUAUUUAAAAAUCAGAUGUCCGAUAUGUUUCAACAACAUAAGUAAUGAAGCCGUAUCUUCGACGCAAUGUGGUCAUGUCUUCUGCACUCGAUGCUUGCAAAAAGCUUUGCAAAUGAACUCAGUGUGUCCCACGUGUAGAAAAUCUCUGAGGAAAACUACCGGAUACCACGCUCUGUAUCUAAACGAUAAUAUAUACGAGGAGGAUUUAGAAAUUGAUAGUUGUUGACUGGUAAUGUUAUAUUAAGUAAGUAUUUGUACUAAAAUUAUACCUUGAAUUAGGUCAGCUCAGUGGGUUUAAAUUUUAUACCCUGAAUUGAAUGUAAUUAAAAUUUUGUAUUUUAGUAAUUUGUGUACAUACUAAAGCGCAUUUUUAUAUAGCAAUCGAGUUCAAAACUCACAAAUAAAAGUUCUUUAGCUACUGUCUUUGGUAUUAAAGCUAUGUAAUUGCUCAAAAUUAGAGUGCCUGCUGAAUUACUUAUGAUCCGAAUGAAACACCUACUUUCAGGCUGAAUGUUCUUAAAUUUUGUGGCUUAAAAAAAGUAGUGUCACUGUCAGUGUGACAUUGACAAUGAUAUACAACUAUUUUGACGUGACAUGUUUUGUUGGUGAGACUUGAUACUUAAAUUAAUUAUUAAAUAUUUUUAAAGCACAAUGAUUAAAAUGAAUAUUAAAACGGACAUAAACAGUACCGAAACGUACCAAAAAUUGUUUACCAAGCUAGAAAACCCCGAUGUCAUAUACCAGAAUUAUGUUAAAAAGUUGGCCAAAUAUCAUUUUCAAGUAAAAGCCAUUAUACAGGAUAUUUUAGAGUGUAGAGAUUCUAUGGAGAGCCUGAAUGAAUUAAAUGAAAAAGGCAGAGCAAUGAUAAACCAAUUAAGAGAUGAAUUAGAGAGUUUGGAAUUAUAUGGAAAGGACAGUGGUGACCAGAAAUAUGUUGUAGAAUUGGAAUCGCAAAGGCAUUUGUUGGCUGGUUUACUGAAAGAAUUUAAAGAUGCCAAUAUAAGUACCAUGUUUGCUAUUGAAAAGGCACAAAGAGAAGAAUUAUUGAAACCGCAAGAAAGUGAUGAAUCUGGCCUGAAACAAAGAAAGAAAAAAGUUGAUAGAGAUGGACUAUUAAAAAUGUCUACAGGAGUAACUGAACAACUAUUAUCUAUAAGUAGGCAAUUAGCAGACACAACACAAAGAAGUCAGGACACACUUGAUAAUCUAGUAUCUUCUAGUUCUACUGUACAUGGAACACAAUCUGAAUUAGAAAAUACCGCAAGCACAAUAUCACAGUCUAGCAAGUUGUUGACCAAGUAUGGACGUAGGGAGUUCACAGAUAAAGUAAUAAUGUUUUUUGCAUUCCUUUUCUUCUUAGCUGUCUGCUUGUAUAUUGUGCAGAAGAGACUGUUUUGAAGAGCCAUUAUAAUAAGUGGUAAUUUAUUUAUUUUUAAAUUAUAAGACAUUAUUUAUUAUCAAAUAAAUAAAUGAAUUUGGAAUAGA